AUGGCGCCUCUAUCAAAGAUUACCCUUGUUACUCUUGGCUCCGUGGGGGGUGCAAAUGCAUGGGGCGCGUUGGGUCACGCAACGGUUGCCUAUGUUGCCCAAAAUUAUGUCUCAGCUAGCACAGCUGCAUGGGCUAAAGGUGUCCUUGGCGACACAUCUAGCUCCUACUUGGCCAAUAUUGCCUCCUGGGCCGAUGAUUACCGCGCAACAACUGCCGGCAAAUGGUCAGCCCCGUUCCACUUCAUUGACGCCGAGGAUAACCCUCCGACCAGCUGCAAUGUGGACUAUAAUCGCGAUUGUGGCAGCGCUGGAUGCUCAAUUUCUGCUAUUGCCAAUUACACUCAGCGUGUAGGCGACGGCCGACUUAGCGCCACCAAUACUGCCGAGGCUCUCAAAUUCCUUGUCCACUUCAUUGGAGAUAUAACACAGCCGCUGCACGAUGAAGCCUAUGAAGUUGGUGGAAAUGAUAUCAAAGUGACAUUCCAAGGAUACUCUGACAACCUUCACGCGGAUUGGGAUACCUAUAUGCCUGAAGUGCUGAUUGGCGGCUCCUCGCUUUCCGAUGCGCAGUCCUGGGCUAACACCUUGAUUAAUGAGAUCGAAUCGGGAAGCUACAAAUCUCAAGCUGCCAGCUGGAUUCAAGGGGAUACCAUCAGUGAUGUCGUUACCAGCGCCACCCGAUGGGCAUCCGAUGCUAAUGCCUUCGUCUGCUCUGUUGUCAUGCCCAAUGGGGCUUCCGCCUUGGAAAGCGCAAGCGAUCUUUACCCCGACUACUACAACUCUGCUAUCGGCACGAUCGAGCUGCAAAUCGCGAAAGGUGGCUACCGUUUGGGCAACUGGCUCAACAUGGUUUACAACAGUGAGAUCGUCGCCAAACGUGACCUCGAGGGAUCAGUCAAUGAGGCUCGAGAUGUAGACUCCCUGCCGGAUCUUGCGGGUCGGGAUUGGCUCCCGGCGCCUCGCCCGCUGAGUCGCGCCAUGCUAGCUAGAGAGGCCAUGGGAGGAUCAUGCUGCGGCUCCGAGACACAUGCUCAUUAA